CCGAAGAAUAAUGUGAUACAAUGUGUGUGAUGUGGUGUGAGCAACGUACGAGCAACAAUUAGUGACCAUCGUUGGCUCAAAUUCAAUGUUUUUCACUGCAACCGGCUUCAGAAAACAUGCGAUGUUGAUUUUGUGGUUCUUGUUUGUGGUUUUAAUCGCUAAAGACUAUGCAUUGGCCAUUAAGUUGACAGAGCUACGAAUUCCCAAGCACGCGAUCCUGGGCCACACGGUCAAGCUCGAGUGUCUUUACGAUAUGGAGGGUGAAGCGCUGUACUCGGUGAAGUGGUACAAGGAUGGUUGGGAGUUUUAUCGGUACGUGCCUCGCGAUGAUCCUCCCCAACAGACCUUUCCGGUCGAGGGCAUUACGGUGAAUGUUCAUAAUUCCACCAACAGUCACGUGAUGCUGGAGUCGAUAAACUUAUCCUCUGGCGGCAAAUAUCGCUGUGAAGCAUCGGCCGAAGCACCCUCCUUUCAGACGGUCGCCGAUAACGGUGAGAUGAUGGUGGUCGUACCACCGGCAACAGAUCCUGUCAUAUCAGGGGGAAGCCCACGGUAUCAGAUAGGUGAUCUUGUGCGAGUUAAUUGCACUUCAGGCCAAUCAAAACCAGCCGUCCAUCUGGCUUGGUAUAUCAACAGCGAGCUGGCCGAUCUAUCUUAUGUUCGGCAGUAUCCAACCAUAGUUUCCCUCGCACCUGACCAUUUACAGACAUCCACACUAGGAUUGGAAUUUCGCAUCAAACCUAAGCAUUUCCGCAAAGGAGAUCUUAAACUGAAGUGCCUAGCAACCAUCUCAAACGUCUACUGGAAAAGCAACGAGGAAAGCAUGGAAGCAGACAAGCCACAAAAGUCUCACAUUCUGGAGUCGCGCAAAACUGGCCUUACGACCACUACCCGGGCGGAUAGAGUUCAUGCCAGCAACGGGGUUUCCAAAUUUCAAAUGUCGGAACAAAACUUUCCUUUGGUUGUUGCAGCCGUUUGCAGUCUUCUCUACGGCGCUAGUCUAUGCAUAGCUGGACGGUAACUGACCAUAACAGCAAUCCUGCGUAUAAAUGCUAACCGAGUGCAUUCAUUCAUUGCAUUGCGAACGAACAACUAUUUCCUCGAAUAGAACAAGAUUACAGGAACUAUUUAAUAAUUAAUUUCGAUUUGUAAAUUCUUCAUGAGUAAAGUAAAGCAAGUAGGCGCAAGAAUGUAUAUUCAGGAUGUAUCGCAUGUAAAAGACUUGAAACCAAUAUCGAGUAGCAUGGUGGUACUCGAUGAGCCAAAGCCAAAUAUAUUUAUGAGAGUGGCAUGGGAUAACAAAAUAACGAAACAAAACAAAAACCCCGUGAUGAAAAACUAUUCAUAAGGCACCAAACCGAUUUAAGUCAACAUCGUUUAGAUGCGUAUCACCGUACUAAUUUCUAUGCAUUGACUCUCGCAUGACCAAACGUGAAACUGAAAUGUAAAUUAAUGACACUACAGUUGAUUACAACUGACGGCGCGAUACAGCUAUAGGAGAAUUAACCUCACUUUUCGAAGCACAUUUACGUCCUUUUACCUACGACUUCUAAUCUGCGAGCACGUCUCUAGAGAAACAGACCGGGAAAGAAUCUUUGAGCGGCACGACACUUCGAUCAAUGGCUCCUUCUUCCUUAGCAUGGAGAAUCCUAAUGGCGCCCAGAAUACGAAUGGGUCGAAGAACUGAUGAAAUCAAAAGGAAAGAUUAGAGCUCAAAUGCAUGUUGUCCUAUUAAAUUAAUAAGCUACUGUUUA